GUUGAUGCUGCGCACGCGCAGAGCUUAACGAGCCUCUCUAGCCACGAGUUUCCCCCCCCCCUAUGGUUCCUCCCUCGGGAUUCGGCCUUUCGGUGGCAGCGCUUUCGGUCCUGCGGGCGGGCUCCAGGUUGCGACACCAUGGACGGUUACGACUCGGAGGAUUUCUCGUCAUCCGAGGAAGACGAAGACUACGUGCCCUCCGGUGGAGAAUAUAGUGAAGAUGAUGUAAAUGAAUUAGUGAAGGAAGAUGAAGUGGAAAAUGAAGAGGAGCCACAGGAAAACAAAGGCAAAAAAAGGAAUUCCAAAGACACCAAAACGAAGUCUCUGGGCAUCGCCCCCAGGAAGAGAAAAAAAGGUGGACUACUAAUGGAAGACAAGGAAGAGACAGAAGACAAGGUGGAAGCAGAAACAGAAGGAAAGAGUGAUGAAGAGGAAGAGAAAACAGUAGAACAAGAAAAAAGCAUUCCAUCGGAGGAGGAGAAGAAGAGACAAGAUGAUGCCCUUUGGGCAAGCUUCCUCAGUGACGUGGGACCCAGAUCCCAGCCUCGACCUCCGAGAAGCCAAACAAAGACAGAAGGAGAAAGCCAGGAGAAGAGUUCAGACAAAUCCCUUGUGACAGCGAAAGAGUCAGACAAACCUAGCGAAAGAGAAAAAGUUAAAAUCACCAAGGUGUUUGAUUUUGCUGGUGAAGAGGUCAGGGUGACUAAGGAAGUGGAUGCAGCAUCGAAAGAAGCCAAAUCCUUUUUUAAGCAGAACGAGAAAGAAAAGCCACAGACUGGAGUCCCUUCAGCACCAUCGGCACUCCCAACAGGCUCGGGGCUAAAAAGACCCAGUGGCAUGAGCAGCCUUUUAGGGAAGAUUGGAACCAAGAAACAGAAGAUGAGUACCCUCGAGAAAUCCAAACUAGACUGGGAGAGCUUCAAGGAGGAGGAGGGCAUUGGUGAAGAACUGGCUAUCCAUAACAGAGGAAAAGAGGGGUACAUUGAAAGGAAAGCUUUUAUGGAGCGAGUGGAUCACAGACAGUUUGAAAUUGAGCGGGACCUCAGGCUGAGCAAAAUGAAGCCUUGAGGGCAUUGGAAAGAUGCUCUGGCAGUUUAUCCCUGCUUGUGGUGUGAGCUCAACUUUUGUGUGUCUGUGAAAUCUCUCCUGUCCUGCUCACUGACUGUCUCGUGAAAAGGAAAGCUAAAUGUUCUGUUCUCCAUGUUGAAGCUCCGUCUGUAUAUCUUGAUCUCAUGUGGUGUCAUUUAUUUUAUUUUUAUAAGUUCUUACUGUGGGAAACUGUUCAGGGACUGGUGAAGAGGAUGGCACUUUCCUUACAGCAGAGAGAGGGCCCAUCCAGUGCCAGCCAGCACAGUCCAGACCUAACAGCUGGCAGGGAUUUUUCCUAGUGUCAUUCUGCCUGUGGUGGAGACAGGACUCCAGCCUUGACAUGGACUAUUAAGCUCAGCUUGCCAGAAUCAUUGACUCUCCAUUAGAGUGCAUCCUUUGUCCUGAUACCAAUGUUGAGAAGAAAAGACAUGGACACACUUCUGCCAGCCAACGCCAGGUCACUGGACAGCUUUGUAUUCAGCUCUUUUCUGUGUUUAAUCUCUCCUUUCUUCUUCCUCUCUCCCCGUCUCUCUUUCACUUCUCCUUCCCUCCUCUUUUUCCUCCCUCUCUCUCCCUCUCCUUCUCCCUUUCUCCCUCUCCAUCUUCCUCUCUCCCUCUCUAUCUCUUCCUCUAUUGGUCCUUCCCUCCCUCCUUCCCUCUUGCUUUCUUCCCCUCCCCCCUCACUAUUUCUUCCCUCAUUCUUCCAGGAUGGAACUCCUUUUAACAUAAUGUGAAACUGAAAUUAUGGAGAUGUUGUUGCUCAAUCAAAAAUUGUUUUUCCUUUAGUAUUUUCUUCUUUCCAAAGUAAAAGCCACUUUUUCUAGACUCAACCCUGCCACCAAAUCUCUUGUCACCUUGGUUUGCCAGAAAAUAUCCUCAGACUUCCUUUCCCCUCCCUCAGUAGAAAUAAAGACACCCCCAACCCAGAUCAGCUUCAGGAUUUCUCUUGGGAGCAGCCAGGAGAAAUGGUAUCUGGAAUAGGUUGAUGGUGGAGUGGGAACAGGGAGCUGGGGCCAGACCAUUCACAAUAAUAAAAGCAUUAAAACCCAGAC